GAAAAAUAUGAAAAGAAUCUCUCUGGGCAAGAUCUUAAGGUUAUGCUCAAGUGGGUACAAGUGAAAAUCCCCACUGUAACUGCUUCCAGUAUAUUAACGACUGAGCUUUGGGAUGACGUGGGGAUUAAGCUGUGGGACGCGGCUACAACAGGGAAUGCUGAAGCACAGCGCAUGCUCCCGUGGUGGAGGACUAUCUUUGAAACUCUGAAGGCUCAGGAGACCGUUAAGAAUAAAGAUACUAAAGACAGGAAAGGUCUCCCGGUCGAUAAGAAGACCUCGGAGCCUCUUGAGGUGGGCGCCGCCAAGUACCCCCCAGAGGAUGAUCCUUUUGAUCCAGGACCAGUGGACCCAGAGGAGGAGCCAGAUCUCUACCCUCCCGAUCCCCAGGACGUAUGGGCAAAUAUUAAACGACAAGCCUUAGAGCGCCAGAUAGAUAAUGUGGAAGCGCGGGAAAUUCUGUUGUUAAAGUUAGCGGUGGAAAUGGUGGAAGCCUGUAAUAGAAUUGGCACCGUAGAUCAUAAAUUUGAAGCGAUGGCCGCUGCUUUUGCUGCCAUGCGUGGCACAGCUGGCCCCGGGGUUUGUUAUGGCUGUGGCAAACCUGGCCAUUUGAAAAAGAUUGGGCAACCGAUACAGGGAAACCGAUCGCGGAGCGCGGGACGGCGGCGCGUGCAGACACAAGUUCCGCAGUUAACCCCUCCGCUGCCGCAGAGGGAUACGACAGUGCCUCAAGCCUUCACCCAGCCACAGCCGGAGCGCCGGGCUGGACCUGGCAACCAGCCACACAACAGUAAUCCUCCCAUAGUCCGUCAUUUUAAUACGAAUGCUUCGCUCGAACUGCAAAUCAAGCCGCCCGUGCUGAUCCGAGAUCCAGAAACAGCCAGAUUGGUGCUAUCUGGGCUGAAGAAGUUGAUGAUGGGUGGGAGUUUAGCUGGACGAUCAGCCCAGAUGUCAUCAGUGGUACAGAGUCUUCCUGAGAACCAGUCACUAGCGGCUCCCUCAGUGACCAGCACUUGGGCCAACACUGUUGAACGUCUUUAUAUCUCCUUGUAUGACAGGAUGGAGCUCACCUUCAUGUCCUUUGUGGAUGAUGACAAUCUGGGGGAGCCUUUCAGCUACCUCAUCUAG